UGCACGGUCAUAUCCAUGUCCCUUUUAAAUGGAUCUCAAUUUCGCUCUUUCUUACACUCUUUCUGUUUCUUGAUCUCUCUCUCUCUCUCUAAAUGACCAAAGACUCUUCUUCGACAUAAAAAAAUGGUGGAAACUCAACUCCCGCUUGCUUGGCCCUUCUUGAACUCUCACCUCCUCCAGCUCCUUCUCUACCUGUAAAUUCUCACGAUCUUUUUUCUCCACUCUUGAUUUUUCUUUCCAUCAUUUCGUGGAGUGAUCGCUUUCCUUGUGCUUAUGGGGUCUGCCAUAUCUGGCCCUGCUGAUGAGGCCGAAGGGUUUUCAGUCUCACCUUCAAGGACCUGUCUUGGGGACUUGCCAGAGAGUUGCAUCACCUCCAUUCUCAAGUUCUUGGAUCCCCAGGAUAUUUGCCGAUUCGCGUGCUUGAACAGAGCUUACAGAGAUGCUUCAUCAGCCGAUAUCGUUUGGGAGUCGAAACUACCUCCCAAUUAUCAUUUCUUGGUUGAGAGAGUUCUUGGUGAAGACCCACGAUGCAUGGGAAAGAAAGAGAUCUUCUCGAGAUUGUGUAGACCUAAUUGCUUUGAUGGUGGCACAAAGGAAGCUUUGUUGGAUAAGACUACCGGAAGUAUUUGUGUGGCGGUUUCAUCAAAGGCGCUGAAGAUAACUGGGAUCGAUGACCGGAGAUACUGGAACCGUAUUCCUAGCGAAGAAUCCAGCAGGUUCAGCACAGUGGCGUAUCUUCAGCAGAUGUGGUGGGUCGAAGUUGUUGGGGAUUUUGAGUUCCAGCUCUCGCCUGGCACGUAUAGCUUACAUUUCAGGCUCCAACUGGGCAAAACUGUCAAAAGAUUCCAUCGGCGAACAUGCGACCUCAAUCAAGUUCAUGGUUGGGACAUCAAACCAGUCCGAUUUCAGCUUUCGACUUCGAACGGUCAGUGCAUCGUGUCUGAAUGUUACUUGGGUAGGCCAGGGGAUUGGGUCCAGUACCAUGUGGGUGACUUUGUGGUUGAGAAGCAGGACACGCCCAUUGGGAUCAAGUUUUCAAUGGUCCAGAUUGAUUGUACGCACACCAAAGGCGGACUUUCUGUAGACUGUGUGCUGAUAUGCCCAUGUAAUCCGCAGCAUGCAUAGGUUUCCAUAUCAGAGAAAGUAAUAGCCAUAGAAUUGAUUAGUACCGGUUCAAUUUGUUUUCUUUCUCAUUGAAUAUACAUCUGACAACACUCCAGUCACGUACACAAUGUAUUCAAAACGUUUCUGAGAUUUUUUAUUCAGAGCAAUUCAAGCAGGGACACCACAUGUAACUUCAGAUUGAGGACCUUGACCUAUCUAAGAGUACUGUGUUACUGGAGAUUGUGAUUGUUAUCUUCUUCCAUGUUGCAACUAAAAUGAUUGCAGUCAAUCUAUAUCACAUUUCCAGCACUCAGCAUUAACUUCUUG